CUGAACAAAUGAAUGAUAAGAAAGAAUUGGGAGAGAGAGAGAAAGAGAGAGCGGGACCCCAUGACACGCAGUCCCUGGAGACCCAUGGAGGGAGACAGUGGGUAAUCCCAGGGUAACGGACCACUCCAGCCCUGCGCGGCUGAUAUUAACAGCUGUAGGCUAUAUUCUCCAUGCCGGUGGGGUCGAAUGAGUGGGUGGAUGUCUGGACAGAACACAGGUAUUGAUCUCUUGAUUGGGUGGCUGAGCUGCGUUUGGGACUCCGGAGAAGCGAGGUCACGUUGAGGAUAGCAGCCAACUCAAUGGAUUUCAUACGCGCAGAAUGAACCGCCAAAGGGAAAGAUGGGACACGGGCACGCCGGCGACUUUAUUGGGGUUUUGUGGAAUCGACGCAGCGGCACUGUGGAGACUUUAUUCUAUCUGAGCGGCUCAGAAAGCCUUCGUGUCUUCACAGAGAUGAAGUUAUGUGAGCUGAGUUUGCAGUAGAAUGGCCCUCCUCGGAUGGGACUCUGAGGGAAGGCGAUGGCAACUUUUCACCACAGCAACCCAACGGAUAGAGACAUCAGGAGAGUCCUCCAAAAACUUAUAAUCAUUCUAUCUUUAGGAAUCAUCUGUGUCUCUCUCUUCUACUUCUUCACGGGAUGCUGCGAGUCGGACCUAACGGAAAACUCAGUCUCGGACAGACCCGCCAGCGAUGACAGAAACGGGACGUUUUAUAAGGACGUUGUAACAGUACAGGAUGAAGAUGGAUACCCAGGGACCGGGGAGGGGAGCACACUGACGCCCGGUUUGGAGACUGAUAACACGGGUAAAGAUUGGAAGGCGACCCGGCGGUUACCCCAAGCCCUUAUUAUAGGAGUGAAGAAGGGUGGCACGAGGGCUUUACUGGAGUUUCUCAGGCUGCACCCGGACAUCCGCGCGCUGGGCUCUGAGCCGCACUUCUUUGACCGGCAUUACGCACGAGGCUUGCACUGGUACAGGAGUAUGAUGCCCAAGGCCUUGGACGGCCAGGUUGUCAUGGAGAAGACACCGCGCUACUUUGUUACCGUGGAGACCCCAGGGCGUGUACACUCCAUGUCGCGUGAUGUGAAGCUGAUUGUGGUGGUCCGAGACCCUGUGACUCGGGCCAUCUCUGACUACACUCAGAUCAUCUCCAAGACCCCCCACAUCCCUGCCUUCGAGACCCUCGCCUUUAAGAACCGCACCAAUGGUGAGAUUGACUCUCUAUGGAGCCCUCUGUGGAUCGGACUGUACGCCCAACACCUGGAGCGCUGGCUGGCCUGGUUCCCCCGGGCCCAGAUCCACCUGGUCAGUGGGGAGGGCCUCAUCUCCGACCCGGCAGGAGAACUAGGAAAGGUCCAGGACUUCCUGGGCCUCCAGAGGAUUGUGACGGACAAGCACUUCUACUUCAAUAAGACUAAAGGUUUCCCCUGCCUGAAGAAACCGGAGGGAAGCAGCAAGCCCCACUGCCUGGGGAAGACUAAAGGCCGAACACACGCCCCCAUCGACCCUGAAGUGAUCUGGAGACUGAGGGAGUUCUACAGGCCGCACAACCAGCGGUUCUACCAGAUGGCUGGCCAGGACUUUGGAUGGCAAUGAGGACUCAGUAGAGUUAACGAGGUGAAACAUGAUUCCAUGGCAACAAAGACACCGAGGGGUGUUUGUCCGUCGGCUUCAGUUUGCACUCUGUACCUGUUACUGUGACUUGGGGCAAAGAGUAAUGACAUAGGCUCAUACUGUUGAUAUAGAAGUGGCUCCGUGCUAGGAACUAAAUCCAAUGUUGAUAGACCUCUGGGAAGCGAGGGAAACAAAUAUCAGAGAUUGAAUAUUGGUGACAGUGCAGAAAGACCAUCUCUAUGCUAGUUCCCUUUCAGCAUCUAAUAGAUGUUCAACAACAAGAAAGUGGCACUUAAAGCUGGAAUCUUUAGUUAAUACAUACAUUUUUGGAGUUAUUCAUUCAUGAUAGAGUACCCAUUGAGUCUUGAAGAAUAAAACAUAUAAAUGCCUCAUGAGCUUAGUUCAACUGUCAUAUCCUAUCAGAACCCAAAAUACAAGCUUGUUUUACUCCAAUGUUUGUAAACUAUGUAAAUGUAAAGAAACACUGCAUAGCCUCAAAACAUGGUUAAAACUAUAAUUUGCCUACAAAGGCAAAACGCAGCAAGUACAUAUUUGGUCAAAAUUGAGUUAAGACUGAAAUCAGGCUUUGUAGUAUCUGUUUGAUAUUGUGUCCUGGUUCAAUUAUGUUCAAUAUUUAGAGAAAAUGGGAGUGAGACAUUUGCAGUAACUGCAAAAUCCAAGUAAAAACCCAGGAAAACCGAAUUUACUGCACUUUGGCUUUGUUCCACUAUAUUUUGACUGCAGUUACCUGCUCUGCCAUACAAAGGCAAAGAGCAUUAACUAUGCAAACAGUGAAACUGAGAAAAAUGGCUUUAAAGUUUAUUUGCUGUCCAGCCAAAUAUGUUGUAGGUAGACAAGUGAUAAUGCAUUAUCUUAUUAUGAAGUCAUUUUUUAUGCAUUACAACCAUGACCACUGAUUUGUGACCCCUAAGUCAAAUAAAUGACUCUACAAAGUCAAACAGAAAAACAACGAGUUGGAUGAACACAUUCAGAUUGUAUAUACUGCACAAAGUCAAACAGAAAAACAAUGAGUUGGAUAAAUACCUUCAGAUUGUAUAUACUGCACAAAGUCAAGCAUGUUUUGGAAGUAUCACCAUUCUGCGAGUGGAAAUAGUCCUUACCUUAAGGGUUAUCACAAUAGAACAUACAAAACAUGAAAACAUAACUACAUUACACCAUUAAAUACAGUUAGAAUGUAGUUACAACUCAAUCUCAAACUGUUUCCAUCAAACAGAAAAACAAGAAAGUUGGAUAAAGACAUUUAGAUUGUAGAUAAUUCACUUUGCCUUUGCAUUAGUUGUUUAAGGUCAUACAAAGGCAGAGUGCAGUAUCAGCAUUUUAGGGGUCAUAGGUCAAGUCAGUGGUCAUGGUUGAUAUGCAUAAAAAUCACUACGUAAUAAGAUGAUACGUCAGUGCAUUAUCACUUAUCUACAGUGCUUAGUUUGUAAAUCGGGAGGUGCCGGAAACAAAAAGUUAGCACAAGAGGGUGGUGACCUGGAGGACUCUGAAGUACAGCAACACAUGAAAUAAAAUCACCUUUAUAAUAAAGCAUUGCAUGCAUUAUCAUUGCUUUUGCUUAGUGGCAUAGAGCAGUAGAGGCGCUUGUAGAAGUUGCACACAUGGGGAUUUUUUUUCUGUAGCCUAGGCUCUGGGAAACAUGUGGCCUUUUAUAAACACAUUCUACAUCAUUUUACAUGACGGAAUCUUUUGUAAAACCGCACAAAGGAUUGAAAUGACAAGCUGCUUUGACACUGACAAACAGAGAAUCUGAGAUCAAUAAAAACAACAAUGUCUUGAAUCCAUCAGUAGCCUAGGCCUAGGUGUGUGGAGACACACAUAUUGUACAAUAUCAGGAGGAAAUGAUAUUCCUAAAAAAGUUUUCCAGUUUCACUGACUCAGCCAAUGAUGUGCAGCUCACUCACCGGUGAUGGCCGAUGCGCUCGUGCCAAAAGCCUCUCGCUCUCUUGUUUUACUGUGGCUAAAGUAUAGGCCUUCUCCUGGUGUAGUAUUCAGAAUAUUUCAUUCCAGUGAAUCUCACUCUAGUUAUGUGAGAGAUUCAAGUGCGCUUCUCUCUCUCUCACCACAGCAACAGCAUUGGUCUGUUGCUAGGGUACAAUGUUGUGCAAACCAUAACCCCGGGCUUGCCCAAAACAAAUCAACUCUUACAAUAUCAGGCACAUUUCCACAUGACCUUUAUUAGGGGGCAGGACAAUUACAAAGGAGGCAAGUCAAAUUAACACUGAUAACUUUUUUGGACAACUAGUCCACUUUUUUAGAGUUCUUACAUUGCAAACAGUGAAAAUAGGAUCCGUCUCAAAAGAAUCCCUGCUUAUCAUAUUUGGCUGGCUAACAAAAAACUUUAAAGCCAUUUUUCUCAUCUUCAUUGUUGGCGUAGUUAAUGUGUUUUGACUUUGUAGGGCAGCAUACUGUAGCUCUGUCUAUGAAUUUGAGAGUGGUUACAUUUCUCCAGACCCAUCCCUCAGCUUUUUACCUAAACACAGGCUGGGUGACCACCUUGUUAUUGUUUCAAUUAAGGAUUCUAAGUUUAAGCUGUGUUUGAAAACACCUGGCGUUCAUGUCUUAGAUAGUGCUCCUGCUUAACUCCCGACCCCACUGUGUCCCACCAGGAGUGAAGAACAUGGCCAUGAGAUGUGUAGUCUGCAGUGUAGGCCUGAUGUGUGCUGUAGAGUAAGUAGUAACAACGUCCUGUGGGUGCUUCUGCAAAGUAGUGAAACACUAAACAAAACAAAACGGAUGUCUUACCAUGCCUCAUGGGGAAUGACCUUCCUCUUCCUUUUUUUAAUACAUCUUAGCUACUCAGUACUUAGGUCACGAAAUAAAAGAGUUGUAGGCAGUCAGUACAUAUCGAAUAUCAUCCCCAAGUAUUACGGAAAACAGGAGCAGGAGGAUGAGUCUUUCAUUUAGAAAGCAUUGAGGGGAAGUAUGAGUAGCAUCUUUAUAAGUGCUCAGAUUUGACUGAGUGGUUUUUGUAUUGUUGAAUAAUGAAUGUGCAUAAGUGGAUUAGGAGGAACUCAAAUGUAUCUGCCCUUUCCAAGUAGAGGUUGCCCAUAGGCACGGAUCUAGGAUCAGUUUACACUCCCUAAAUCCUAACCUCAACCGUAAGAGGAGGAAACACUAAACUGACCUUAGAUCAGCGCCUAUGGGCGUCUUCAUCCUAACCUGGAUAGCCCACCAGAGGAGAACAACCAAAAUAUAACCAUGGGUGAAUACGACAUCUUAAAGAUACACUCAGUGAAAUGACGUUGCCACAAGCAGCACCGCAGAUAUUGAGAUGAGCAACAUGCAAGACUUCGCUCUCACACACACACACACACACAGUAUCUGCGCAUGUUUAUUUAUUUAUUACAUUUUUUAUUGAACCUUUAUUUAACUAGGCAAGUCAGUUAAGAACAAGUUCUUAUUUACAAUGAUGACCUACCCAGGCCAAACCCUAACCCAGACCCAGACGACGCUGAGCCAGUUGUGCGCCACCCUAUGGGACUCCCAAUCACGGCUGGUUGUGAUACAGCCUGGAAUCGAACCAGGGUCUGUAGUGACGCCUCUAGCACUGAGGUGCAGUGCCUUAGACCGCUGCGUCACUCGGGAGCCCAUGCAUGUGCAUGGGUUUGCUUUACACUGUUCACAGUGUGGUAGCCAGGGCACCAAAACAGCGGAGAAGUUGAACCUCACGCCUCGUUUGUUUGUCUAUUUGGAUCCCCAUUAGCUUUUACAGAAGCAGCAGCUAUUCUUCCUGGGGUCCAGAAAAAACACAAAUCAUGACAAGUAACAAAACACUGACACACUGUUUGACAAGGACAGCCACACAAAUUGAAAGCUGCAAUAUGUAACUUUUUGGGCGACCCAACAAAAUCCACAUAGGAACAACAAAAAUUAUACUAACAAAACAACAACAAAAAAAUGUUAAAAUGUUAGUGUGUCUGUGUGUGCGUGUGUUUGUGUGUGUCCCCUCCGAGUCCCCGCCUUUCCAUGAGUUGUUAUUUAAUCCGUUUUUUUAAAGGUAAUUUUGCCGUUUGCUUGAGUAAUUGGAGAUGGAACAGAGUUUCAUGCGAUAGUGGCUCUGUACAAAAUGGUGUGUUGCCGUGAAUUCCUUUUGGACUUGAGGACUGUGAGGAAACCGCUGGUGGUUUGUUUUGUGGGGUAUGUAUGAGUUGAAUGUUAUUUAAUAUGCAGACAAUCUGGAAUUUUUCAUCACAGUAAUAUUCAUCAUAAAAACUAGAAUAGAGGCGGUUCAUUUCUCAUCAACCCUCAACCAGGAAAGACUGGCAUGCAUGUUGUUGAUGUUAGUUCUGUAUGUGCAGUUAAGGGCAAGGCGUGCUGCUCUGUUUUGAGCCAUCACAGCUUUGCUAGGUAUUCCUUUGCUGCACUUGACCAUGUUACUGGACAGUAAUCAAGAUGGGACAAGACCAGAUCCUGAACAACUAGUCCACAUGUUUUUAUAACAGCCGUACUCCUCACCAUCACCACAACAGCUUUGUCAAUAUGACUUGCCCAUGAUAAUUGACCAGCCAUUGUUAUACCUAGGAGUUUAUCUUCCUCAACGGUCACACCCUUUAUACACAACUCCAGUUGAGGUUUAGGUCUUAGAGAAAGUUUUGAACCAAAUACAAUGCUUUUAGUUGUAGAUGUGUUUAAGAUCAGUUUAUUAUUAAUCACCCAUUCUGAUUGAACUGUAAAUCCCUAUUUAUCAUUUCAGUGAGCUCACUGACUUUAGGUGCUGACAUGUAGAGUGUGGAAUCAUCCGCAUACAUAGUCAUUCUAGCUUUGUGUAAGACCAGUGGCAAAUCAUUUGUAAAAGUAGAGAAAAGUAACGUCAACUACCCUAAGGGACACCGCACUGUGCAUAUCUUUUGUUAGAGAAGAAUCCAUUGAAGAACACUCUCUGGGUUCUAUUGGAUAAAUAACUCUCCAACCAUGCGAUGGCAGGUGAUUACAAUUUAUGAUCAAUAACAUCAAAGGCUGCACUGAAAUCUACCAAUACAACUAUCAUCUUAUUAUCCAUUUUAACCAAUCAUCAGUCAUCUGAGUCAGUGCAGGACAAGUUGAGUGCCCUUCUCUAUAUGCACGCUAAAAGUCAGUAGUUAACUUGCUCAAUGACAAAUAGCAUUGUAUUUGGUCAAACACAAUCCUCUCCAUCAGUUUACUAAGAACUGGCAGCAAACUGAUUGGAUGGGUGUUGGAGCCAGCAAAGGGUGCUUUACUAUUUUUAGGUAGUGGAAUUACUUUAGCUUCCUUCCAUGCCUGUGGACCCACUCCUUUAGGCUUUGGUUAAAUGUAUAGCACAUAGGGAUGGUAAUACAGUUUGCUACUAUUCUCAAUAGUUUCCCAUCAGGUUUGUCUAUACCUGCUGGCCUAUCAUUAUUGAUGGAUAACAACAGUUUUUCCACCUCUCCCACACUAACUUGACCAAAUUCCAAACAUCAAGCCUUCUCUUUAAUUGUUAGAUCAUUUAUACAAAAUUAUGAUGGUUCACUGUUCAAUGUUGUUAUUUCACUUCUGGGUUUUUCCACUUUACUAGUGAAAUAGUAAUUUAAAUGAUUGGCAAUAUCGAAAGGUUUUGUUAUAAAUUACCCAUUAACUUCAAUAAACAAUGGAGAUUAAUUGGGUUUUCUGCCCAUGAUAUCAUUGAAGGUA